AAACAUGUGAGAAACAAAAACAAAUGUGUAAAGAAAUAUUUCAAUUGCAGAAAAUUCACAAAUUUCACAAUAAAAUGCAAUUUUUCCUGGAAUUUCAGCAUCAUCCGGGGGCGGGGCAUCAAAGAAGCUUCAAAAGAAGAAGAAUGCAUCCAGAGACACCGCUCCGGAAGCUACACAAUCAACUUUCGCUGAUGCAUGUGGUAUCAGCUAGAAAACAACAAAAUCCCAUCCUUGCCACCUUCCGUCCGGAAGUUAAUGUUCCGGAACAAUGGUCAAGCAAAUUCCCACGUAUGUAGUGAAUGAGAAUCUCACAGAUGUCCUGGAGUCUGCCACAUCAUUGAUUCCCUCUGUGAUUACAAAACAUGCAAACAGAAGACAUCCCUCAUGGAACAGGAUGAGAGAGAUUCUGCUUCAAGCACGGUCUACCUGAGGUUCAUGGAUGCGGCGAGGUCAUCAAGAAAGAUGAGAGGAAGAAAUUCAUGCAUCCUAUCCUGGAAAAAACACGUCGUGAGCAGGAAGAUUAGGCAAAAUUUCGUGUGAAAUUCAAGGAAAAUCUCAAAGAUAUGCAGCGACAGCGGCUCGCAAAGCCCCCAAUGUGACGUACGUUCGGAAAUAUUUUCGGAUUCCGAAAGCCGCGUAUUUCGUGGGUUUUUCGGCGUACCAAAGCGCGGGUAAAUCUUACGUUGAAUUUGCUUUUUGUAGUAGUAUUUCAGUCUGGUUAAGUUAAUAUUCUUUACAAAACGAGGCAAGAAUCUAUUACUCUACUUUAUGGUCAAAGUGGCCAUGUUUGUCCUUUAAGUAUUAUUUCAAUCACCCAAUUUAUCAAUGAGGAUGAAUGAGACAGAAAAUCAAAUUUGUACUGAAUUUAUGUGAAUAUCUUAGGUUAGAAAUCCGUGUAAAUAUUGGACGUAUUGGACAAACCAAUAUGUGCAAUGAUUUUAGUGUUUAAAAUCUUUUAAAUAUUUCCUGCGAAUUUUACUUUUACCACUUUUACUCAUUUUCCGAAUUCACAGGAAAUGUCAAAAUUUUCCGAAACUAAAAUAUCGCCCUGCUGUGUUUACGCUCUUAUUUUCGGAAACAGCUUUUUGUAUUGUAGAUUUCGGUGUACACGUGUAAAUAAUCCCCUGAUUAAUCAAUUAAUUCACUCCGUGGCGGUGCAAAAAGUGCUAACUUGCAAAAAUGGACACCUAAAGUGUUGAGAUCAGCAGAAAAGCAAAGCAAGAAGCGGCCCAUUGAGGCAUUCUGAGCUGCCAAAAAGUUUUUCUGAGAGAUUGUUUUGCUUUUUUUCCCAACUUUUCUCCGAUUGUUUUCUGAGCCUUUGGUGUGUGUGUGCGGAAGAUAACACUCCCCCUGCAAUGGAUGAGACUCUGGUACUCCUCUGCCUGGUGGUGGUGAUGCUAAUUGGCUCAUAUUUGGCCGGAAACAUUCCUCUGGUUGUGUCCCUCUCUGAGGAGAAACUAAAGGUAGUGUCAGUAUUUGGAGCUGGUCUCCUCGUGGGAACUGCCCUGACUGUGAUAAUCCCCGAAGGGAUUCGUGCGCUAUACGAUGACAAAACAAUAGCUCCCGUUUCACCGGGAAAUCAUGUGGAUUCCUCCCCGAAAGAUCCCAUCCUCGAUGAAGCCCACUCGUCGGAACAUUCCUCCACAAUUGGCCUAUCACUCGUGCUGGGCUUUAUCUUUAUGAUGCUCGUCGAUCAAAUUUCCACACGACGCGAUGGGGCGUCGGCGGAACGCAAUAUGACAGCCACUAUUGGUCUGAUUGUUCACGCAGCAGCUGAUGGGGUGGCCCUCGGGGCGGCAGCUCAUGCAAGUCACCACGAUGUGGAGAUGGUGGUUUUCCUGGCUAUUAUGCUCCACAAAGCCCCAGCUGCCUUUGGGCUCGUGUCCUUCCUCCUGCACGAGGGCUUCGAUCGACAUCGCAUCCGGAAGCAUUUAGCCAUGUUCUCCAUGUCGGCGCCCCUCCUCACCCUCCUCACGUACUUUGGCAUCGGGCAGGAGCAGAAGGAGACACUGAACUCCUUCAAUGCAACGGGUAUUGCAAUGCUCUUCUCAGCUGGAACCUUCCUCUACGUGGCCACUGUGCACGUACUGCCGGAACUCACGCAGGGUCACACAUCCUCAGGCGCCUCAUCGGGGCCACACUACACGCACCUUGAGCAGGGAACACCCCAGCCAAAGGGCUACAGUGGCCUCCGGAAUGCUGAGCUGGCCAUACUCAUCUGUGGCGCUCUCCUACCACUCCUCCUCACCAUGGGGCAUCACCACUAAGUGUGGGUCACCAUGAAGGCCAAAAUGCCCAGAUUUAUUGUACUGACAUAUUUUUUAUUCAAAAAUAAAAAUCACCUGUUGAUGUAAA